AACAAUGUCUGAAAGUUCAAGCGAUGAAGAAAAAUCGGAAAAUGUUAAGAAUGAACCAAAGUAUAACCCGCAAUUAGACUUUUGUAGUGAUCAAUUUAAUCCCCUUUUGGUACUAAAUACUCCAAAUGUCCCUGUACCGUGUACGAGUGCUAAAAGGUACGAUAAUUUGGCUUCAUAUCAAUCGGCAAUAAAUAAAGCAAAUAACCCUGAACAGUACGCAAAAAAGAGUGAACAAAUAAAACAAGAUACUGAAACAAUCGUAAGAAGAUGGAAAGAACAUCAAUUGCCUAUUCCUACAACCAGAAGCAUCAGAUAUUCUAGGAAUAUUUUAAGUAAAAUGGAGCAGACUGUAGGGCCGUUGAAACUUCUCAAAAAAUGUGUUGAUGAAAAAUUACGAAUCAAGGUUUAUACGAGAAAUGAUAGGGAAGUCCGAGGUUAUUGCCUUGCACACAUUGUCGCCUUUGACAAACAUUUUAAUAUGGCAUUAGAAGGAGUAACAGAAGUGUGGACAAGGAGGAAAAAACAGAAAAAACCGGCGUUUGAUAGCAUUGAACCGAUCAGAAAAAGUAUAUUCCAAAGAAAAUUUAAGUUUCCUGAAAUAGAAGUAAUUCCUCACGAAACUGAUAAAAAGUUGGUAAAAUGUGUGAGACAUGUGGAGCAACUUGUGAUGAGAGGAGAGCAUGUUGUACUGGUCAGUAUUGUUACUGAAGAGGACACUAAUAAAACAAAGGCAGCAACAGAAUUGAAAGGCGUCAAGUGAGCUUAAUCUCAAAUAAAAGAAACCGUAGCAUUACUGAUAUAUAUUUAAUAAAAUUAUAUAAAUAUAUUUUGUACAAUAAAGCUAUUGUUG